AUGAAAGACUGGUCUAUUGGUGAUACCAAGAAGUGCGAGUACUCUAAUUGUAUUACGACUGGUAAUAGAGAGCAUAUGGAUUCAAGUGAUGCCAUACUAUUUCAUUUAAGAGAUGUUGAUAUGACUGAUACUCCGAAGACUAAACCAUUGAAUCAGAAAUGGAUUCUCUAUAAUAUGGAAUCGCCUCUUUGUAAAGACUAUGUGUCUGAAAAGUUAUUCAAUGCCAUGAAAUACGAUAUAAUCCCAAUUGUCUUCGGUUCGGCCAACUAUACGGCAAUACUGCCCCCAAACUCAUACAUCAAUGCCUUGCAAUUCCCAACGAUGACAACACUCGCCGAUCAUCUGAUCGAAGUGGCCAUUGAUAAGGAUCGAUACGAUUCUUACUUUCACUGGAAGAAUGAUUAUUGUGUUCAAGAUGUCGACUAUUUGUGCGAACUUUGCGAACAUCUUAAUCUAAAUGCAGUUAAAACUAGAGUCAGUACACGAAAAAGGGAUAUAGUGUCCUGGUGGAUCAAUGAUGCCCACUGCCAAACUAUCCAGCUCGUUUGA